CAGAGCUCCGUCCUAUCGUAUCGGCGACGUCCUGUCCGAGGGGACCCGCGUAAAGGCUCCUGCUUUGUGUUCCCGGCAGAAAAGAGACCUAAAGCAGACACGUCGACUUCUUUCUCAGCCUGCGCCGAGAGCCGCGAAGCGAAGGAUGACAUCCACGUGGAGCUGCAGGGCUCUGAGCUCUGGAAGCGAUUCCACGAGAUCGGCACCGAAAUGAUCAUCACGAAAGCGGGCAGGAGGAUGUUCCCGUCCGUGCGCGUGAAGGUGAAGGGCCUGGACCCGGGGAGGCAGUACUACGUCGCCAUCGACGUGGUGCCCGUGGACUCCAAGAGAUACAGGUACGUGUAUCACAGCUCGCAGUGGAUGGUGGCCGGGAACACGGACCACUCGUGCAUCGCGCCGCGGCUCUACGUGCACCCGGACUCGCCGUGCUCCGGGGAGACCUGGAUGCGGCAGGUCAUCAGCUUCGACCGCGUCAAGCUCACCAACAACGAGAUGGACGACAAGGGCCACAUCAUCCUGCAGUCCAUGCACAAGUACAAGCCCCGCGUGCACGUGAUCGUGCAGGACGCCCGCUUCGACCUGUCGCAGAUCCAGUCUCUGCCGGCGGAAGGCGUGAAAACCUUCUCGUUCAAGGAAACCGAGUUCACCACAGUCACGGCCUAUCAGAACCAGCAGAUUACGAAACUGAAAAUAGACAGGAAUCCCUUUGCCAAAGGAUUCAGAGACCCUGGAAGAAACAGGGGUGUGUUGGAUGGACUUUUGGAAACGUACCCGUGGAGACCACCGCUUACUCUGGAUUUUAAGACUUUUGGUGCAGAAAGCCAGGGUGGGAGCUCUGGUUCUUCCCCUGUCACCUCCAGCGGUGGGACACCAUCACCUCUGAACUCCUUGCUUUCUCCAUCUUGCUCACCUCCCACAUUUCACCUGUCCGCAAGCAACAUUGGAAUGUCGUGCCCUGAAACCUACCUACACAAUCUCAACUUGCCUCUUUACUACAAGAUUUGUCCUUCAAGCCUUUUGAGACAACAGUCACUUCUAUUUCCAAGCCAGGAAAAACUGGGAGGCACCAAUCCACACAUCUUACCCCACUUCAUGGUGGAUGUGCCCAUGUUGUCUUCCCUUGGCAUAACAAAUCUGAAAAAUGGUAAAUCUGAAGACUUGAGUGGGCAAUGUCUACAAGUACCCAAUUCUGCCAGUCAAAUGUUGUAUGGAUUACAUGCACCUGGAAACAUUUUCCCAUCAAGUCCCAUUGCCCGGGAAGCACUUAAUUGUUCUUUACAUCCUCCAUACGGCUUGUAUGGUUAUAACUUUUCUAUGCCAUCUAGACUGAUGAAUGCGGCCAGCCAUUUCAAAGUGAAUGAUAGCAUUCCAACCUCUUUUAGAGAUGGCAGAUGUAAUCACUCCAACUGGCACUCAACAAUUAACCAUUGCCUUUAAUGGGACUAUAUAACCAUUUCUAACACAAAGACCUGGUAGCACGUCUUUUCUUCAUUCUUACUCAAAGGUUUGCUGAUUAUUGAAUAUAAAGUGCUUCACAAUUCAGGAGUGACCUGUCUAGAGAUCAAACUUUUCAUGCACAAACGUGUCAUAAUGUUCUGAAUGUGGAUGACAGUGAGAUAACCAGCAACAGUGACAAUUUUCCCGGAGAAUAAUUUAUGUAAUGUAGGAUAGGAGCAAACUGUACAUUCAUUCUCUUAAUAUUUGCACUCUAAAGUAGGACUGAAUAAAUAUAUAGUUUUUCAAAUAUUA